AUGGCGCGCUUUGUGUUUCGAGGAAUCAUCAAUGGCAAUGAAGACCCCGCCUUUUUGAGCUUAUAUUUCUCUCCGGAUUCCAAGGCCUCCAAUAAGUUGGAUUAUAUCUAUGGCCUCUUGGCUGUGACAAAAUCCCCGAUCACCCCUGACUAUACCAAGAGCAUUCGAGAGGUAACCCUGGAGUUCAUGGCGUAUGCUACUGGCCUCAAGCGCCUUGACGAUCUACCAAGCUGGGCACCCGUUUUCUCGGAGGCUGACAGACGAAAGCCAAUUGCAAGAGGGCUCAAAGUGCAUCGGCCUGCAUACGAUACAGUGCCCGAGCUGUCCAACGGUCUGCCCAUAGAUAUUGAUGGCGAUAGCUUAUGGAUCAAAGGGGUCAAAGUACAGGUUGUCGGCACAGUAUACGAAAAGACUGUUUCUGCGAAUCUCUUGACAACCGGACUACAACAAUGUAUCAUGGAAUUUACACAGUCACCACAGGAUAUCUACCCAACUGGCAAGAGCGUACUAGAGAUAAUAUAUUGCACUCUGUUACAAAUAGAACCAUACGAUAACUAUGCGGUCGACUUAGGUCUUUGCCUAGACCGUUUGACUCACCCGGAAACUCCAGUUCUAGAUAGAAACUGGACGAUGCAAUGGACACAAAAGUCCUCCGUUGGCGCGGUACUAGCCAAGUGGUAUACGUACGGUCGGCACCACCCAGGUAAUAGGCUCUUUAAAACCAAUGAUGGCUAUAUCGGCACGAUGGCAGACGAUGUACAGCGUGGGGAUGUCGUCUGUGUACUUGCAGGCUCUGAAGAGCUGGCGGUCCUCCGCCCCGAGGAAGACCACUACCUUUUUGUUGGCUGUUGCUUUAUGAUAGGACUGAUGAGCGGCGAGGUCUCGGAGCUUUUGAAGUUAGGAAAAGUCAAAAUUGAGAAAAUUGAGAUCCGAUGA